AUGGGCGCCGCUCCGCCCGCGGCACCUGCCUUUGCCUCGCAGCUUCCCGCGGCAGCCUCAGAGGACGGGCUGGGCUCUCCCCGCUGGCACCGCGCUCGCCCGCCCGCCACGGCGCAUCUCCCUUCCCCGGCGGCUGGAUGCCGCGGCGGGGCCGUCCAGCCUCCCUCGCCCUGCCCUGGCAGCCCGGCCGCGGGCGGGACUCGGCGGGCACCGCGGGUGUCUGAGGGAGUUGUGCGAGAGACCGCGCCGGGCUCCGCGGGGGAGGGAAGGUGGGUGCCCCCGGCGCCCCGCGCUGGCACCAGGCUGCGCGGGGAGGCUCCUCGCUCGCCCCCUCUCCUCCUCCCGCCCCUGCAGCGCCCUCGCCUCAGCCCUCCCGCUUGGCGGCCCCCACGCCCCUCUGCCAGCCCGGCUCGGUGCCCCGCACGCCGCCGCCACCUCCACCCCUCGGUCCUCCUCUUCCUCCUCCUCCUCCUCCUUCUCCUCCUCCUCCUCCCGCGCUCCCUCUCACGCGCACUCCGCUCCACAAGUGCCGCGCGCUCGCUGCUCCGGAGCGGAGCGGGGCUGGCUGCGGACCCUGCGCGGGGGCUGCGGACCCUGCCCGGCCCGUUCGGGGCUGUCCGUGGUGCUGGAGGCGAGCGCGGGCUGAGCGGACGCCCGGCUCCUGACGGACCCUUUAUGUUCAGCUCCUGGCGCAGCGCAGCAUCCAGCAGCUCGAGCGGCGGCGGCAGCAGCAUCGCUGAGCCGGGGCUGGGAGGCAGAAUGGAAGGCUUUAUUCGGCUGCUCUUCGGCUACUUGGUGGCGGACCUUCUCACGCUGGUGUGUCGGGCUCAGGAGAAAGCUGGCCAGCAGCUGGGGAGCUUUGUGGUACUCUCGGGAGGAAACCACUCCAGCCUCGGGGAGCAGAUAGACCCCUCCGAGCCACCUCCCACCCCAGACUUCUGCAGGGGCUACUUUGACGUGAUGGGGCAGUGGGACCCCCCCUUUAACUGCAGCUCGGGGGAGUUCAUCUUCUGCUGUGGCACUUGUGGCUUCAGGUUUUGCUGCAAGUUCAAGAAGACAAGGCUGGAUCAAAGCACCUGCACAAACUAUGAGACGCCUUUGUGGAUGAACACUGGGAAGCCUCCUUCCCGCAUAGACGACCCUCUGCAUGACCCUACUCGGGAUAAAACCAACCUUAUUGUCUACAUCAUCUGUGGGGUUGUAGCAGUCAUGGUGCUGGUGGGGAUCUUCACCAAACUAGGGCUGGAGAAGGCACACAGACCCCAGCGGGAGCACAUGUCCAGGGCUCUUGCUGAUGUUAUGCGACCUCAAGGUCCUUGUACAACAGAUCAUAUGGAGAGAGAUCUAAACAUUGUAGUACAUGUGCAGCACUAUGAAAACAUGGAGACGAGACCUGCUCCAAAUAACCUACAUCCACCACAGAUGAAUAAUGUCAUGCCAACAUCUCCCCUCCUUCCUCAGAUGGCACAUCAACAUUCCUAUCCCAGCCUGGGACAGAUCACAAACCCAUACGAGCAGCAGCCCCCAGGCAAAGAGCUGAACAAGUACGCGUCUCUAAAGGCAGUCGCUGACAAAGUCAACGAUGACUUCUACACCAAGCGCCGGCACCUGGCCGAGCUGGCUGCCAAGGGGAGCCUGCCCCUCCACCCGGUGCGCCUGGACGAGGAGAGGGCCUACACCAUCGACAGCGGGCUCACCAGGCAGAACGGGAAAUCCAGGAUGGGCAAGAUCCACACACACCCCCUGGGCUACAACUCCCACUACAAGACCUGGGAUCCCAACGACCCGUCCCUGAGGCGGCAAGCGUUCCCAAACAAGGGCAAGCACGGCAUGGGAGACCCGACGCUAAGUGACCCGCUGACCACCCGCAGCCAGCACUACUUGGGCCCACAGCCAUACUUCAUAACCAACAGCAAGACAGAAGUAACUGUUUGAGUUUCUUUUCUUUCUCUUUUUUUUUUUUCUAAUGAAAUCCUUUAAAAACCACAUGCAAAUGUAUACACAACACAAACACUCAACCAAAAGGCAAAAAAAAAAAAAAAAAAAAAAA